AUGGCGCGAUUUUCCCAGUUGUGGGAAUCCCCCCAAGUGAACCCCGUUAGCCAAAAGGCAAGGUCGAUCCCCUUCUUGAACCCGUUCACCAAUGUUUAUGGAAGAGUCUUCUUCUUUUCGUGGUUUGGUUUCAUGAUAGCGUUUUGGAGUUGGUAUGCCUUCCCACCACUUCUGGCCGAUGUUAUUGCGCACGAUAUACACAUGAAACCCUACCAAGUUGCCAACUCCAAUAUCAUCGCACUGACAGCUACCCUUAUUGUUCGGCUUAUAGCAGGCCCUUGCUGUGAUCGUUUUGGUCCUCGAAUCACUUUCGCUGGCUGUCUGUUGGCAGGAGCGGUGCCCACCUUCCUUGCAGGUGCCGUUUUCAAUGCGUCUGGUCUUUAUGCCCUUCGUUUCUUCAUCGGUAUCCUCGGCGGCAGCUUCGUGCCUUGCCAGGUCUGGACGACAAGUUUCUUCGAUAAGAAUGUUGUAGGCACGGCGAACGCGCUGACAGGAGGCCUUGGCAACCUUGGUGGAGGUAUAACGUAUUUCGUCAUGCCCGCUGUUUACAACUCUCUCGUACAGGAUGGCCUGAGCACAUCCAAGGCCUGGCGAGUAUCCUUCGUCGUCCCAGGCAUCUUGAUCAUCUUCGUCGCCGUGUGCCUGCUUUGUCUCUGCCCCGACACGCCUUCCGGAUCCUGGAACGACCGCUUCGCCGUUGCUGAGGAGAACCUCCGCCGCCUUUCUGUGGAAGGCAUCGUCACUGUUCCUGGUCAAAUCAGCGAGGCCACUCCUGCUUCCACGAAUUUCUCAUCUCCCAACUCCUCGAACCCUGCUCUCGUGAGGGAAAAACCACAUGGCUGGAAGGACAAUGAGGCACAGGUGUCUGAUAAGGAUAUGCUCGCAACAGCCCAGGGAGAGCUUAUCCAGAAGCCAUCCUUCAAGGAAGUCUUCUCAGUCAUGUUCUCUCCUCAGACCAUCGUCACUGCUGCCUGCUACUUCUGCACAUUUGGUGCCGAAUUGGCCAUCAACUCCAUCCUAGGAAACUACUACAUGGAGAACUUCACCACACUUGGCCUACAAGAAACCGGCAACUGGGCUGCAAUGUUUGGUUUACUCAACGGUGUCGCAAGACCACUCGGCGGCUACAUGAGCGAUCUUGCAUACCAACAGACCAAAUCAGUGUGGAUGAAGAAGGUAGUCCUUCACACAUACAGCAUUCUGACUGGUGUGUUCUUGAUCAUAAUCGGAGUCCUAAACCCCAAGGAUCAGGCAACCAUGUUCGGCCUCGUCGCUGUGAUGGCAGUGUUCCUCGAGGGUGGCAAUGGCGCAAACUUUGGACUUGUGCCACAUGUACACCCAUAUGCAAAUGGUGUUGUCAGUGGUUUCACAGGUGCAGCUGGAAACUUCGGAGGAAUCAUCUUCGCGAUCAUUUUCCGAUACAAUGGCAAGGACUACGCGAGAGUUCUCUGGAUCAUUGGCGCCAUCACCAUCGGUAUCAACCUGGCUGUAUCUUGGAUCAGGCCUAUACCAAAGGGGCAAGUCGGCGGUCGUUGA